AUGCGCCGCGCGCGCCCCGAGCGCCGCUCGGCGCUGCUGCUCGCCCUCGCCCUCGCCGGCCUGCUGCGCUGCGCGGCGGGGGCGGGCGUGUUCGAGCUGCAGAUCCUCGAGUUCUCUAACUACCGCGUGGCGCUGUCGUCGGGCGCGUGCUGCGGCGGCGGCGGCGCGGCGCCGGCCAGCGCGGCCUGCGCGCGCCCCUGCCGCACGCGCUUCUCGCUGUGCCUCAAGGAGUACCAGUCGGCGGCCGCGCCCGGCGCCUGCUCCUUCGGCCGCGCCGCCUCGCCCGUGCUCGGCACCGACUCCUUCACGCUGGCCGAGCCGCUCUACACGCUGGCGCUGCCCUUCUCCUUCCGCUGGACCAGGUCCUUCACAUUGAUACUGCAAGCAUUCGACGACUUCGCUUACGCUGAAGCUGACGCGGGGCUGAUCGAGGAGGCGUGGUGGUCGGGCAUCGUGGAGCCGAGCGCGGAGUGGCACGCGCUGCAGCACGCGGGCGCGACGGCGGCCGUGGCGUACCGCGUGCGCGUGCUGUGCCAGCCCAACUACUACAACACCACGUGCACCACGUUCUGCCGCCCGCGCGACGACAAGUUCGGCCACUACUCGUGCACCGCCGAGGGCGACAAGCGCUGCCUGCCCGGCUGGCAGGGCGACAACUGCGAGAAGCCUGUUUGUAAGGAAGGCUGCCACCCGACCCACGGCCGUUGCGACCGUCCUGGUGACUGCGACUGCCGGCCCGGAUGGCGCGGGGAACUGUGUUCUCAGUGCCAGCCAUACCCUGGCUGCAAACACGGCUACUGCAACGGGUCCUCUUGGGAUUGCACCUGCGACACCAACUGGGGCGGAAUUCUCUGCGACCAAGAUCUGAACUACUGCGGCACGCACGAGCCGUGCCAGCACGGCGGCACGUGUGAGAACACCGCGCCGGACCAGUACCUGUGCCGGUGCGCGGAGGGCUUCUCGGGCACGGACUGCGAGCGCGUGGACAACCCGUGCGCGCCGCAGCCCUGCGUGCACGGCGAGUGCGAGCUCACGGCCUCGCCGCGCGGCUUCUCGUGCGCCUGCCAGCGCGGCUGGGCCGGCGCGCUGUGCGACCAGGACGUGGACGACUGCGCCAGCGCGCCCUGCCGCAACGGCGCCACCUGCCGCGACCGGCUCGACGCCUUCGUCUGCGAGUGCGCGCCCGGCUGGACCGGACCCACCUGCGCAGAAGACGUCAACGAAUGUGAGAUGAAAAAUAUGGAGGGCACGGGAACUCUAGAAGGGAGCGCUAGGCCGUGCGUCAACGCAGCUGCGUGUAACAACACAGCGGGCAGCUACUCGUGCGCCUGCCUCGCCGGCUGGACGGGCCGCGACUGCGAGGCCAACGUGGAUGACUGCACGGGCCAGUGCCUCAACGGCGCCACUUGCAUCGAUCUCGUGGACGACUUCCACUGCGCGUGUGCGGCGGGCUACGCGGGCCGCACGUGCUCGCGCGAUAUCGACGACUGCGCGCCGCGCCCGUGCCGCAACGGCGGCGAGUGCGUCGACCUACUCAAUGCCUACCGCUGUAUCUGCCCCGUCGGCUUCUCCGGGACCAACUGCGAGGAUGACCGCGAUCACUGCGCCGGCGCACCGUGCGGCAACGGAGCUGCGUGCUACACGGCGCAGAGCGACUACUACUGCCACUGCGCGCCGGGCUGGACCGGCAAGAACUGCACGCAGCGCGCCGCCAGGGAACAUGUGGACGAGUGCGCGACCAGUCCCUGCCGCAACAACGGCACCUGCGUCGGCGGUGCUGCCGACUUCACCUGCAUCUGCCGCGAUGGCUGGACAGGAAAAACUUGCUCAGUACGCGUCGAAGGAGUCGAUAGGUGUCCCGAAGGAACGUGUGCUAACGGAGGCACUUGUGUGCGUGAAGGCAGCGCAUGGCGUUGUGUGUGCGCCACGGGCUGGGCGGGGUCGUCGUGUGACACGCCCGUGAUAUCAGCACUGGCGCCGGCGGCCGCGCCCGCGUGUCCGUGCGGCGCGGGUGGCACGUGCGUGCCCACAGCCGCGCCCCCGGGCUGGGCCUGCGCCUGCCGCGAGGGCCGCACGGGGGCGCGCUGCGAGCUGCCCGCCGAGCCCUGCGCCUCCGCGCCCUGCCGCAACGGCGGCCGCUGCGUGGGCGGCGCGGGGUGGUGGGCGUGCGAGUGCGCGCCGGGCUGGGCGGGGGACACCUGCACUGUGCGUGCCGCACCUCCGCCCGCCACGUGCACGCCCGCGUGCCCGCCCGCCGCAGCCUGCGUACCUGACCCGCUACGGCCGGAGCGAGGGGCGCGUUGCGUUUGCCCCUCACCACCGCAACGGUCAGCGCGCCGCUGCCUUGAGAUGCUGGCGGGGCUCGGCGCGGACGGUGGCGAGGGCGCCGAGGGCAGCGACAGUGAGGGCGGGGCGGACGGGGAGGCGGCGCGGGCGGCGAGCCCGGCGUGUGCGGCGCGGACAACGCCUGUGUUCAGCGGUGAUAAUGUAGCUUCUCAACAGUGA